AUUCUCUGGCGUUAUACUUUCACACCAAAAGUUGACUGAAGAGUCAACAAUCAGAAACAUAAAGCAGAAGAUCGAGAAACGCAAUUCCUCUUAAUUUUCAGUGAAUUGGGUUUUUGUUUCUGUGCAGAGGAAACACAUAUCGAUGGCGUUGGAGCUUGUUGGAGGGGCUGUUUUGGGAGCAGUAGUUGGUGAAUUACUAAGGGCUAUUCUGGAUGUGAAAGACCAAGCCAUCAGCUUCAGGUCCAGACUCGAACGACUCGAAUCAAGCGUCAAAUCAAUCGACUCUAUUGUACGUGAGAUCAAGGAGUUGGACAGAGAAUUGGUUCUUCCGGUGGAAGAAACCAAAAUGUUCACCGAUCGGUUGAGAGAGGCCGUGAAUCUGGUUCACAAUUGCUCGACAACAAAGUGGUGGAAUUUCAUCAUGAAGUUUUGCUACAUGAUGAAGCUCAAAGAAUUGGAUGAGACGGUUGAGAAAUUCUGUCAGACCCUUGUGCUGCUGAGAGAUAGCAGGAAGAAUCUGGUGAAAUUGAAUGAAAUGCAGUCGGGUGUGUAUGUGGGUCCGUGUGGAGCUCCAGAAGUUUUAGAAUUUAUUGUUGGAUUGGAUGUGCCUCUUCAAGAAUUGAAGACGAGGUUGCUAGAAAAAGGAGUACAGGUGGUUGUGCUUUCGGCUCCUGGAGGAUAUGGAAAGUCUACGUUGGCAAAAAAGCUGUGUCAUGAUGCUGAAAUUAAAGGCAUAUUUGCGGAUAAUGUUUUCUUUGUCACGGUUUCGAAUACACCCGACCUCAGGGUCAUUGUUGGAAAAAUGUAUCAACAUUGUAAGUCUUUUCCGGUGCCUGAGUUUCUAAGUGACGACGACGCGAUCAACCAACUAGGGAUCUUGCUGCAAAGUAAAAUAGGAUUAGGUUCUGUGUUGGUGGUCUUGGAUGAUGUGUGGCAUGAAUCAGAUUCAUCAGAAUCCCUUAUUGAGAAGUUCAAGCUCGGGUUAAUCGGAAUACCAGGAUACAAAAUAUUGGUUACAUCAAGAACUAAUAUUACAAAUUUUGUUUCAUAUAAAUUGGACCUAUUGAGUGAUGAAGAUGCUAUGGCUCUUUUCUGUCGCUUAGCAUUUCUGCCAGGUAGGAGCAUCAACAUGCCAGACAAUCUUGUCGACAAGAUAGUGAAAGGAUGUGGGAAUCACCCACUGGCCCUUUCACUGGUUGGUAGAUCACUCAUUGGAAAAUCAGAGGAGACUUGGAAAUCCAAGGUGCAGCAAUUGUCUGAAGGACAAUCCAUUAUUGAUUCCAACAGUCGUCAGUUUAUUAGUCUCAAAACUAGUAUAGAUGCCUUGGACAAAAGCAUUAAGGAGUGUUUCCUGGACCUAGGUUUAUUUCCUGAAGGUCAAAGGAUCCCUGUCAUGGCUCUAAUGGAUAUGUGGGCGGAACUGUACAACCUGGAUGAAGACAGCAAAUAUGCCCUUGCCAACAUUUAUGAACUAGCCUCCAGAAAUUUGGUUAAUCUUGUGUUCACAAGGAAAGGUACAAGUGAGCUUGAUGGCUACUAUAAUGACCAUUUUGUCACGCAACAUGGUCUGCUCAGAGACCUGGCUAUCCACCAGAGCAGCCAAGGGCCCAUAAAACACAGGGAAAGAUUAAUUUUGAACAUAAGAGGAGAUGACCUCUCCAAGUGGUCCAUUGAACAAAUACAACGGUCUCAUGCCCGCCUCUUGUCUAUCUCUACAGAUGAAACAUUCUCCUCUAGCUGGUGCAACAUGCUACUACCUGAAAAAACACUCUCCUCAAGCUGGUGCAGUUUUUCAACAUUACUUGGUUGUUUAUCCAAGCUGGUUCAGCCAUCUUACAUUCAACUACCUGAGGUUGAAGUUGCAAUAUUGAACUUCCGGACAACAAACUACAGCCUGCCCAAAUUCAUAGAGAAAAUGGAUCAACUGAAGGUUCUCAUCAUCACAAAUAAUGGUUUCCUCCCUGCUGAACUAAGCAACUUUGAGCUACUUGGGCAUUUAUCCCAUCUAAAGAGAAUCAGACUAGAGCAUGUUUCAAUUUCUUUCCUUAGUGAGUCCCAAUUACCGUUCAGAAAUUUGCGGAAGAUAUCUUUCGAUAUGUGUAAAAUUGCCGAGACCUUUAGGAACUGUACCAUCGAGUUUGCCUUUAUGUUCCCAAAUCUUAUUGAGAUUGAUAUUCACUGUUGCAGUGAUCUAGUAAAACUGCCUGAGGGGUUCUGUGAUAUUAUCCGCCUUAAGAAGCUCAGCAUCACUAAAUGUAAUGACCUGAUUGCACUUCCCCAAAACCUUGGAAUGCUAACAAAUUUAGAAGUGCUGAGGCUUCAUUCCUGUACUGGACUAAUGGGUUUGCCAGACUCAGUUGUAAGCCUCCAUAAAUUAAAGUUCCUUGACAUAUCGGACUGCCUAGACAUAAGCGACUUGCCAGAACGGAUAGGUGAGCUGAGCGGUCUGAAAAAGCUGGACAUGAGAGGUUGUUGUAGACUGCAUCAGUUGCAACCAUCAGUAAAGGAUCUUGGGGAAUUAAGAGUUGUGAUAUGCGAUGAAGACACUGUCGAUCUUUGGGAACCUUUUAAGAUUCAUCUCAAUAAUCUGACGGUAUCUGUGUUUAAGGAGGACAAAAAUUUAAACUGGCUUCCCAGUCUACACCAUUGAGAAACCCUAGUUUGAGAAAAUUGUGUAGAACCUCAGGUAAGGCAUCAAUGGAGUAAGAUUGAGAUUUGGGGGAUGCUCGUCGUAUUUGCUUUAGUCUUGUUUCUUUGAUUCUAGUAUGAGAGAAUUGAUUUGUGAGGAAUAAUGUAAUUAUGGACUUGUGUUUUCAACUUUUCACAAUAAUGUAAUUUGGAAUUUGUGUGUUUUCUGUUAUUGUUGUUGUGGAUGUUUUGAAGUGAGAGGAAUAAUGUAAUUAUGGACUCCUGUUUUACCUGUUAUUGUUACUGAGAAUGUUUUGAAAA